UGAAUGCACCGCUUUCCAGAAAGUGAACAGUGCGAAUAUGAAGCGAUAUUUUGUUCAGUGAUGGGUUUUCGUGUAAAAACUUUCAGCCUGAUAGUGACAUUAGCUUCAGAAAAGCUAUCAAGUACAGUGAUUAUGAUAUGUGAUGAUAAACUUGUGGUGAGAGACCGUGUUGCUGAAUUUUAAUGAGAAAUUACGUUUGAAGAUCAUCACAUCACUACACCACAACGCUGAUGCUGUUCUAAUAAAAUUAGCAUGUUUUUAAUGUGGUUUAAGUGGCUCUGAUAAAAAUUUUGGGCAGUAUGUCGGGUGCCGCGGCGAGUGGAGCCGGCAGCUCGGUCUCCGCGCUGGGCGGGCUCGGCGGCUCGCUCGAGGACAAAGACUGCGACCUGCUCUGCCCCGUGUGCUUUAACCUCAUAGACGAGGCCUACGUCACGCGCUGCGGGCACUCCUUCUGCUACACAUGCAUCGCCAAGUCCGUGGAACUCCAUCGCCGCUGCCCGAAGUGCGGCGCAGCGCUGGCCGGUCGCGAUCAUUACUUUCCUAACUUCCUUCUAAAUGAAUUAGUAGCGCGGAGAAGAUUGCGCACGAGACCUCAAGUAGUCAGCGGGCCCGUGGCGACGUCUCCAGGUCCUGAUGCGGAGCGUUUACGGGCUCUUCUGGCCUCUGAGGCUAGACACCUAGCGCUCCCCGACGUAGAAGGAAUGCUCGACGUUCUAACGAGAAGGAAAAGGCUCUUGGAAGCGGAGUCGGCUGCUGCUCAUCAUAGACUACUGUACGAGUUUCUGGCGCAGCUGCUGCGACACAGAACGCAUCAGUUAGACCAGUUGGCGCGAGAAGCCUCACUAGUGAAAAAAGACAUGGAGCACGUGGCCGGCGUGCUCCGCGACCUUCGCGCGGGCGCAGCAGAGUUGGGGCGCCUGCCGUCGCCGUCCGAGCCGCCCUCCAUAACAGAGUCAGUGCGGGACGUGCGGCCGCGACUCGGCGAGCUGGGGGAAACUACACCGAGGAGCCCGCCCGCAGAGGAGGAGGAGAGCUUCGCGAGUGCGGGCGGCGGGGGCGCGGGGGACGCCCUGGCGGCGCGCUGGAGGCGCCUCGCCGCGCACUUCGACGACUUCGUGCAGUGCUACUUUGCUCAUCGUGCAGACGAACUGUACUUCCCCGGGUCUGGCUCUGCCACGCCAGCUGUCGGCCUCCCAGCUACAUCCGGGCCCUCCCCCGGCCCACCCACGUCACUAUCGCAGCCCGUUAGCGCCGGUGGUGCCGCUGACGCGGAUCCCGUGCCGCAGCAGGCUUCCGCGCCCGAGACGAGAGCCUCUAGUGCCGCGGGGGACCAGCGCGCGCCCGAGGGUGACCCGCAGCCACCAAGCGUCGCGCCGAGCACGGUGGGGGCCCCGGCGCCGGCGAGCGUGCCAGGGGCCCCAAGCGCAGGAGCGGGCGGGGGCGAGGGGGGCUUCGGCGGCCUCGAGGCGUUCCGCGAGGACCUGGCCGCCUUCACCCGCUACCGCGCGCUGCGGCCGCUCGCCACGCUGUCGUACUGCAGCGACGCCAUCAACUACUCGACCAUCGUGUCCACCAUCGAGUUCGACAAGGACGACGAGUUCUUCGCCAUCGCCGGCGUGACGAAGCGCAUCAAGGUGUUCGAGUUCGAGGCCGUGGUGCGCGACGCCGUGGACGUGCACUACCCGUGCGCGGAGAUGCAGUGCUCGCACAAGAUCUCGUGCGUGUCGUGGAACGCGUACCACAAGCACGUGCUGGCGUCGUCGGACUACGAGGGCACGGUGAGCGUGUGGGACGCGCACGCCGGCGUGCGCACGCGCUCGCUGCAGGAGCACGACAAGCGCUGCUGGUCCGUGCACUUCAACCGCGCCGACGUGCGCCUGCUGGCCUCGGGCUCCGACGACGCGCGCGUCAAGCUGUGGUCGCUCAACGCCGAGCGCUCCGUGGCCACGCUGGAGGCCAAGUUCAACGUGUGCUGCGUGCGCUUCAACCCGCGCUCGUCGUGCCACCUGGCCUUCGGCUCGGCCGACCACUGCGUGCACUACUACGACCUGCGCGCCCCGCGGGCCCCGCUGGCCGUGUUCCGCGACCACCGCAAGGCCGUGUCCUACGUCAAGUUCGUGGACGCCCGCACGCUGGUGUCGGCGUCCACGGACUCGCAGCUCAAGCUGUGGCGCGUGGAGUCGCCGCGCUGCGUGCGCAGCUUCACGGGCCACGCCAACGAGAAGAACUUCGUGGGGCUGGCCACGGACGGGCGCUACGUGGCGUGCGGCUCGGAGAACAACGCGCUGUACGUGUACUACGCGGGCCUGUCGCGCCCGCUGCUGGCCUACCGCUUCGACGCCGUGCGGGGCUUCCUGGAGCGCGAGCGCCGCGACGAGGAGCCGGCCGAGUUCGUGUCGGCCGUCUGCUGGCGCCGGGCGCCGGACCGGCCCGCGCUGCUGGCCGCCAACAGCCAGGGCACCAUCAAGGUGCUGGAGCUCGUCUAGCUCUGGCUCCCUCUACGAAUCCCCUCCUUUUGUACCGUCAUCUUAUUAUCACCGGACGCCACGUCCCGUUAUGACGACUGCAGACCGCAGACUGCCCGCCGUGACGUACGCUGCCCGCGUGGCUCGAGACCGCGUCCGAGUAAAAUAUCCUCCAUGCGGAAGCGCAUACAUAGAAAUGUUGUUAAGUUGAAAUAUAUUAUUAAAAAAAAACUUAAUGAAAAUAAUCUUUUAUGAUUUAACUUCGGUGCAGAUAAUUUUGUCUAAUAAAAAAUAACUAAAGUGCCGAGAAAGUUAACCCAAACAUUUGACCUUGAAAUUUUAUUCUCAAAAUAUUCACUUCAAGGAGGACUUUUGUUCUAACCAAUAGAUACGUCGAGUUCGACACACUGCCAUCCGACAACGAAGAAAGCCUUACCAACCUCUUUACAUAUUAUUAAACACUAAAUCAAAGACGAAAACGACGAAAACUUGUUGAUUUGCAAGUCCUGUAUUUAGGGCCGAGAUUAAGUUAACACUUCUAUAUACAUUAAAAAAAAAUUACCAUUGACAUAGUUUGAUAAGAUCCAUUAACGAUGUGAGGCGAUUGUGGGGAAAGGGGGAAAGCUUGGCUUCACGCAAUCUCAUAUGGAGAGGGGGAAGUCUGGGCAUGUACCACAUUUUUUGGUGAUAUCAAUGACGAUAAUAAUCUUAAUAAUUAGGGUGGGUUGCCUGGAAGGGAUGACUAAUUGGUCAUAAGUCGCCCGUUUCAAUACAUAAAACAUAUUUUUAUUUUUAGAAUUAUUUCUUUUCUUUUUCUCAAGAUUUCUGUCUUUUACGUUUUUAGUGUACAAUAAAGUAUUGUUAACAUUAAUUAAGCAAAUUUUAAACAACUUCAGUGCUAUCAAGCAUGGAUAAAUUAAUUUGCAUUAAAUAUUAUCGCGAGGUCAGGGGAAUAUCACAUGGCAUCCUCGAAAAAUCGUCUCACAUAUUUAAUGGCACCCAAGUUAAAAAAAAAAUCAAAUAUUUAUCUAAAACUAAUGGUAUGGUUUGUUGAGCUAAGAAGUGCUUCUGACUUUUGACUUCACCAGUAAAACUGUCUAUCGUAUGUAUGAGAUAAUUCAUUGGAAUUAUCUCAGGUAUUGACCUGAAAUCAACAUUUGUUCCGUUUAAUUGAAAUCAAUUUAUUA